CGUCUCACACCAACGAGAAUACCAGUAAAUGCUAUACGGUCUUAUAGAUCUAAUCCCUCUCUCUCUAUUCUUCUCUGCUUCACUCUAGCCCGAGCCGUAAAGUUUCCGAUCGGAAUCAUCAAAUGGCGACCGAAGAAGUAGCUGUAGCGGUUGAGUCUGUUCCCGAACCGGAGGUGGCUGAGCCGGCGGCGGAGGAGGAACCGGCGGCGAAGGGUGGAAAGUCGAAGAAGGCGAAGGAGCCAAAGGCAAAGAAACCGGCCGGUCCGAGAAAGCCUAGAAACCCGCCUUUGCAUCCUCCAUACAUUGAGAUGAUUACCGACGCAAUUGUGACGCUGAAGGAGAAAAAUGGAUCGAGUCAAUACGCGAUUACGAAGUUCAUUGAGGAGAAGCAAAAGCAUCUUCCACCUAACUUCAAGAAGCUUUUGUUGGUUCAGUUGAAGAAGCUUGUUGCUUCUGAUAAGCUUGUGAAGGUUAAGAAUUCGUUUAAGCUUCCAGCGACUCGGGCUCCUGCACCGAAGCCAGCUGCUAGUGCUCCAGCGAAGAAGAAGCCGGCUGCUGCAAAGCCGAAGGCUGUAAAAGCGAAAAAGGAAAAGAAGGCUCCGGCUAAGACAAAAGCUGUUGCGCCAAAAGCUAAAGCCGCUGUGAAGCCCAAGCCAGCGGCAAAGGCCAAGCCAGCUGCGAAGCCAAAAGCUGCUGUGAAGCCAAAGGCUGCCGUGAAGCCGAAAGCUGCAGUGAAGCCCAAGGCUGUGGCGAAGCCCAAGCCAAAGCCGAAGGAGAAGCCGGCUAAAGCGUCGAGGACGUCCACUCGGACAUCUCCGGGGAAGAGAGCCGCGGCUCCUAAGCCGGUGCCGAAGAAAGCCCCGGCUAAGAAGGCGCCGGCCAAGAGCGCGAAGGCCAAGACAGUGAAGUCGCCGGCGAAGAAAGUAGCCACCGCAAAGAGGGGAAGGAAAUGAGAGGGUGAGAGUUGUAUCUGUAGGGGUAGUCAUGUAAAUUUCUUUGGUCUUUAUGGGUGUGUUUGGGUUUAUACACCCAUGCAAAUUAUAGCAUCGGAUUUUUAUUUCUUUUGUUUAAUUUUCUCUAUUUAGGUUUUGUUAAUCCAAAAUCAGUUCUAGAUGUACUAAUCAGUUCAAUCAAUUCUGAAGCGAUUCAGAAUUUUCGUUGUUAUAUUGCAGCAUUUCAGUACUUUCAUGCAAAUUCUGAGUGA